CCCUCCCUCCUCUUUCCCCUCUUCCUCCUCCUCCUGCAGCCAGGAUCCGCACCCAGUCGGAGCUGGGCUUGGCACCGGCGCCCACUUCUCCCUCCGUGCGCCCAGCUGCUGGCCGCGCCGCGCCGUGCCGCGCCGCGGAGGAAGAGGAGGAGGAAGAGGAGGAGGAGGAGGAGCGGGGCAGCAACGGCGCUCCUGCCUCCGCGGGUGCGGGCGAGUGCGCGGGCGGGCGCGCAGCCCCGAUGCCAGGCGGGCUCCCGGCCGCCGCCUGGGAGCAUCCCGCCAACACUUCUCCGCCGAGGCACCGCCGGCCCUUGGGAUUAAAAUACUGCGCUGGGCAGCCGAGGGACGGCAGCUUCACUCUGAUGUUGAUAAAGGAGAUGGUUCCAUCAAAUACAUCUUGUCAGGCGAAGGGGCAAGUUCCAUUUUCAUUAUUGAUGAGAACACAGGGGAUAUUCAUGCUACAAAGAGGCUGGAUCGAGAAGAGCAGGCCUACUACACACUCCGAGCACAAGCACUAGAUAGGCUGACUAAUAAACCGGUGGAACCAGAAUCUGAGUUCGUCAUUAAGAUUCAGGACAUCAAUGACAAUGAGCCAAAAUUUCUGGAUGGUCCUUACACUGCUGGAGUUCCUGAGAUGUCUCCUGUGGGUACCUCUGUGGUUCAAGUAACAGCCACUGAUGCAGAUGAUCCUACUUACGGCAACAGUGCCCGAGUGGUUUACAGCAUAUUGCAAGGACAACCUUACUUUUCUGUGGAGCCAAAGACAGGUGUUAUCAAGACUGCCCUUCCAAAUAUGGAUAGAGAAGCCAAGGACCAGUAUCUACUAGUUAUUCAAGCAAAGGACAUGGUUGGGCAAAAUGGUGGGUUAUCAGGAACAACAUCUGUAACUGUCACACUGACUGAUGUAAAUGACAACCCACCCCGCUUUUCACGACGAUCAUAUCAAUAUAAUGUCCCAGAGUCUUUACCUGUGGCUUCUGUGGUGGCCAGAAUAAAAGCUGCAGAUGCAGAUGUGGGACCCAAUGCUGAAAUGGAGUAUAAGAUUGUAGAUGGUGAUGGUUUGGGAGUAUUCAAAAUUUCUGUGGACAAAGACACUCAGGAAGGAAUCAUCACCAUUCAGAAGGAGCUGGAUUUUGAAGCUAAAACAAGCUAUACCCUGAGGAUAGAAGCAGCCAAUAUGCAUGUUGACCCUCGCUUCCUGAGUCUUGGACCAUUCAAUGACAUGACAACAGUGAAGAUAAUUGUAGAAGAUGUUGAUGAGCCGCCUGUGUUUACUUCACGUUUGUACUCCAUGGUGGUGUCUGAAGCAGCAAAGGUUGGCACUAUCAUUGGAACUGUAGCAGCCCAUGAUCCAGAUGCCUCAAAUAGUCCUGUCAGGUACUCAAUAGAUCGAAACACAGACCUUGAGAGGUAUUUCAAUAUUGAUGCCAACAGUGGAGUCAUUACAACUGCCAAGUCUUUGGACAGGGAAACAAAUGCGGUUCAUAAUAUCACAGUCUUGGCUAUGGAGAGUCAGAAUCCAGCACAGAUUGGGAGAGGAUAUGUAGCCAUCACUAUCCUUGACAUCAAUGACAAUGCCCCUGAGUUUGCCAUGGAGUAUGAGACAACCGUCUGUGAAAAUGCUCAACCUGGCCAGGUCAUACAGAAAAUAAGUGCAAUUGAUAAAGAUGACCCACCGAACGGCCAUCAGUUCUACUUCAGUUUAACAGCAGAGGCAGCAAAUAACCACAAUUUUACACUUCAGGACAACAAAGAUAACACUGCAACAGUAUUAACCAGAAGAAAUGGUUUCCGAAGACAGGAACAAUCUGUUUUUUAUUUGCCAAUAUUCAUUGUGGACAGUGGGUCACCUUCACUGAGUAGCACUAAUACACUCACCAUCAGAGUCUGUGACUGUGAUGCAGAUGGUAUUGCUCAGACAUGCAAUGCAGAGGCAUACAUAUUGCCUGCAGGACUUAGCACUGGAGCCCUGAUAGCAAUAUUGGCUUGUGUCUUAACGCUGCUGGUUCUUGUCUUGCUGAUUGUCACCAUGAGGCGACGGAAAAAAGAACCCCUCAUUUUUGAUGAAGAGAGAGAUAUCAGAGAGAACAUUGUCAGGUAUGAUGAUGAGGGUGGUGGAGAAGAAGACACUGAGGCUUUUGACAUGGCUGCCUUGAGAAACCUCAACGUCAUCCGGGACACCAAGACCAGGAGGGAUGUGACACCUGAGAUUCAGUUCUUGAGCAGACCAACUUUUAAAAGCAUCCCAGAUAAUGUAAUUUUUAGGGAAUUUAUCUGGGAGAGACUAAAAGAAGCUGAUGUGGACCCCUGCGCACCACCCUAUGACUCCCUGCAGACAUAUGCCUUUGAGGGGAAUGGCUCAGUUGCAGAGUCACUCAGCUCCUUAGAUUCGAUCAGCUCAAACUCUGACCAGAACUACGAUUACCUCAGUGACUGGGGCCCUCGCUUUAAAAGGCUUGCAGAUAUGUAUGGGACUGGACCAGACUGCUUAUACUCAUAGCCUUGGAACCUUUCUCUGAAAAUGCACUGAAGAAUACUAAAAUAAAAAACUUAACCUUACAGACAGAAGAAAGUUGUAAAUAGUUCUCCAUUUUUAAUCUUUUUUUUUUUUUUUUUUUUUUCUUUUUGCCUUGUUGGAACAUGUCUUCAUUAAACUUGUCCUAGGGAUUGCACUGACCCCAUAGCAUAGGAUCAUCUGAGGCAUUUUUAAUAAAAUGAAAUGCUCAGACACGUUCAAAUAGAUAGCAACCAUAAGAUACCUUCAGAGGCAACUCACUUUCGAGAGUAUGUUAUACACUGUGACCUCAAUGAGUCAAUUACACUCUGUAGAUGCCUUUACAGUAUUGCUAUAUCUAGAACACAAAGUCUUUGAUAUAAGUGUAAGAAGAAGCAAAUUAACAAAUAUAAUUCAGUACAGUAUUUGCAAUAUAUAGCAUUUGCAAAUGUAGGCCUUUUAGCAAAUUUUCUUUACAAUGCUGCAUGCAGCUUGCUAAGCCAAAACCAGAAGUACAGAAAAUAAAACAAACAAAAACCCA